AAGGUGAAAGGAGGCCAGAGAAUUAGCCGCAAGGUCAAAACCCUGAAAAUCAAAACCAUAGGUUUUUAGUUUCGUUUCUCUCAGUGCCCCCUCUCUUAUCGUUCUUCAUUUUCUUAGUCGUUCCAUCUAUUCACUUUGAUUUCGAAAUCUUAUUACAUUUUCUUGUUACGAAUUACGAUUUUUGGAUUCUUAAUUGGAUUGUCUGUGCAGUUGUUUAGCUAUUAUCAAAAUGGGCGCCAAAAGCAAAGACUAUGAAGGCGAUGAAAUGGAAGAAGAAGUAGAGGAAGUGGAAGAAGAAGAUGGUGAUGAGGAAGAUGGAGAAGAAGGAUUUGAAGAAUUGGAAGCAGAAUAUGAUGAUGAGGAGGAGGAGAAAAGUGUGCCAGUAUCGAAAUCUCGGAAAAAAUCGGCAAAGGAACAUAAGGAGCAAUUACAAAGGCUUCAGAAGAAGGACCCAGAAUUCUAUAAGUUUCUGCAAGAACACGAUAAGGAGCUUCUAGAUUUUGAUGAUGAGGACAUUGAAGAUGAUGAUAUGGAAGAUACAGAAAUGCAAGUAGACAAGGAAAUUGAUGAGCAUGAUGUGGAAGAGGAAGAAGAGAAACCAUCAAAAAAAGUUAUAACUACUGCAAUGGUUGAUUCUUGGUGUGUUUCAAUAAAAGAAAAUGGACAGUUAGGUGCUGUUCGUUCUCUUAUGAGAGCUUUUAGGAUUGCUUGUCACUAUGGUGAUGAUGCUGGAGAUGAUUCAUCCAUGAAGUUUAGUAUAAUGUCCAGUAGUGUCUUUAAUAAAAUUAUGUUAUUUGUCCUGAGCGAAAUGGAUGGAAUUCUUAGAAAGUUGUUGAAACUCCCCUCUUCUGGUGGAAAGAAAGAGACCAUAACAGAUCUGAUGCACACACCACAAUGGAAGAAACACAAUCAUUUAGUGAAGUCUUACCUUGGAAAUUCUCUACAUGUUUUAAAUCAAAUGACUGACGCAGAAAUGAUAUCAUUUACUUUACGGCGUCUCAAAUAUUCAUCCUUAUUCUUGGUUGCAUUUCCAAGCCUUCUAAGGAAAUAUGUUAAGGUUGCACUUCAUUUUUGGGGUACAGGAGGAGGUGCACUCCCUGUGGUUGCUUUUCUGUUUCUAAGAGAUAUAUGCAUUCGGCUGGGGUCUGAUUGUUUGGAUGACUGUUUCAGGGGGAUAUACAAAGCUUAUAUACUGAACUGUCACUUCAUAAAUGCAGUAAAAUUACAGCAUAUCCAGUUUCUUAGCAACUGUGUUGUAGAACUUCUUGGAGUUGACCUUCGAACUGCAUAUCAGCACGCCUUUGUUUUCAUCCGGCAGUUGGCAAUGAUUUUGCGGGAUGCAUUUAAUGUUAAAACAAAGGAAGCAUUCCGAAAGGUUUAUGAGUGGAAGUUCAUGAACUGCCUUGAGGUCUGGACUGGAGCUAUCUGUGCCUAUGGCUCAGAAGCAGAUUUCAAGCCCCUUGCUUAUCCAUUGACCCAAAUAAUUUCUGGGGUUGCUCAUUUAGUUCCAACCGCACGCUAUUUUCCCCUUAGAUUGAGAUGUGUUAAAAUGCUUAACCGCAUUGCUGCUUCUACUGGUACUUUUAUACCUGUUUCUUUGCUCCUUUUGGAUAUGCUAGAGAUGAAAGAACUGAAUAGGCCCCCCACUGGAGGUGUUGGUAAAGCUGUUGAUCUGCGUACUGUGCUCAAGGUAAGCAAGCCAAUUGUGAAGACACGAGCAUUUCAAGAGGCAUGUGUUUUCUCUGUUGUUGAAGAGCUUGCUGAACAUUUAGCACAAUGGAGCUAUUCUGUUUCUUUCUUUGAGUUGUCAUUUAUUCCAGUUGUGCGGUUGCGUAGCUUUUGCAAAACUACAAAAGUUGAAAGAUUCCGGAAAGAAAUGAGGGAACUUGUUCGUCAGAUUGAAGCUAAUUCCAAGUUUACAAAUGAAAGGCGUAUGUCAAUCAAUUUUCAACCAAAUGAUCCUGCAGCAUUCUCAUUUCUUGAGGAUGAGAAAAAGUCAGGGUCUAGCCCUCUGUCACUAUAUGUUGCAACUCAACGACAGAAAGCAAAACAAAGACAUGAUUCAUUGCUGGAAUCCAGUGUUCUGGUGGGUGAGAAGUCUUCCAUCUUUGGUGGUAAGAAAAUAGCGGAGAGUGAUGAAGAAGAAGAAGAUGAGGCCGGGAAUGAACCGGGUGCUGCUGUUUUCAGUUCAUCCUGGUUACCUGGAAGCACUUCAAAAGAUAAGUCUCCUAAAGAGGAGAAGAAGGAAAAGAAGAAAAAGAUGCGGCAAGAGGCAGAAGCAGUGGAUGAAGAUGUUGUUGAGGACUUGAUUCUGAGUUCCGAUGAAGACGGCUCUAUAAGUGAUGCCCCUUGCAAUGAAGACGGUUCCAUGAGUGAACACUCCCAGUCUGAUAGUGAAGAUGAAAACUCAAAGCCUGUGCUUCUAAGAGGACAUUCCAAGAAGCAGAAAUCUGCAAACUUGUCAGAGAAGAGGAGGCAAAAACCUUCAAAUGGGACAAAGAAAAAUGUAAGAUCUGGCGGAAAGACGUUGAGAAAGAGAAAGAGAUCAGGUAAAAUGUAGUCAUAAGGCCAAUGUAUUUAAUUUUUCAUUUUAAAUGUAAUUCGGCAUCCCAGGAAUUUUUGUUGAACAUUUUCUUAACUUUGAGGUUCUCCAAAUUUAAUUUUGUGAAGGUGACCUCAUAAAUGCUCGUUAAAAUUUUGUACGAGAACAUUUGAGUUGGGGAGAACAGUUUGAAUUUUUUUUUUUUCUUAAA